GCGCUGCAGUACACGGCCAUUUUGACGUUUGCUGAGCGAAGAGCCCCUAAGAUUCCAGAUCCCAGUGACCUCGGAGUAAAGGGAAUGGAAACUCACUGCUAUUGUGAAGAAAUGAUGAAAGUCUGGCAACUUCUACAUCUUGUCCACUGUUUAGUCCUGAGACUUGAGGUCAAAAUCCUAGAGAAGGGCCAUGUGGGAUGUGCUCCCUGGCCUCUCUGUUUUUGGAUGCUGCCAGCAACAAUACUGUUCAAGUUUUUACCCACAUGAUGACACUCCUUCCUCAGCAAGGUGCACUUUGCAGGACCAUGAUGAACCAAGAAAACCCUCCGCCGUAUCCUGGCCCUGGUCCAACGGCCCCAUACCCACCUUAUCCACAAGCACCAAUGGGUCCAGGACCUAUGGGGGGGCCCUACCCACCUCCUCAGGGGUAUCCCUACCAAGGGUACCCCCAAUAUGGCUGGCAGGGUGGACCUCAGGAACCUCCUAAAACCACAGUGUAUGUGGUGGAAGACCAAAGAAGAGAUGACGUGGGACCAUCCACCUGCCUCACAGCCUGCUGGACUGCUCUCUGUUGCUGCUGUCUCUGGGACAUGCUCACCUGACCAGGCCAGCCCUUCAUCCUGCCACUCUGCUGCCACCUCCAGUUGGUGUGCCUGCCCCCAUGUCUUCUGAUUGCUGUAAUAAUGACUAGCUCUGCACAGAAACCUCUUCCUUCAACACUAUGGUAUUCUAGAUUAGUAGGGGUUGCUGGUGUUUAAUUCAGUGACUUGAUCUUGAUCUUUUCGAUGUUUGAAGUGCAUUUCUUAUCAAUCUUUAACAAAUGUGCUAAAUGAUUCCUUUUAUUGGCCAAAGGCUUAGUUAUGAAAUAUAUAUUUAUGAUUUUAAAUUAUAUAUUCAAAGUAGUGGCAAAAUGUAACACACCAUGGAAUAAUUCUUCUUUGCUAUCACCCUAUGUUUCAAUAAAUUUGUCCAAAUCUCA